CACCAUUUCCUCCACCUCCCCAAAAAUCCUUCUCUCUCUCUCUCAACCAUGCUGCCACUCUUUCUGAUAACCUCCCUACUCCUCACAUCCCUCAUAAUCAAACUCACUCACUCACUCAUAUGGGUCCCACUCCAAACCCAACGCCACUUCCGCAACCAAGGCAUAGCCGGGCCGGCCUACCGCCCGUUCCUCGGCAACUCGGCCGAGACCUGGCGGCCCAUGACCGCCGAAGCCGGAUCGUGGCCGGUGUCCAACUUCAACCACGACGUCGUGAGCCGUGCGCUUCCCCACUACUACAUCUGGUCCACGGUUUACGGGAAGACCUUUCUGUACCGGUUCGGGCCGAGGCCCUGUUUGGCCGUGUCCGACCCGGAUAUGAUCAAGGAAGUUUUGUUGAAUACGGGUGGGUCGUUUGAGAAGAUCCCGUUUAACCCUUUGGCUGGGCUGGUGUGGGGAAAAGGGCUUGUUGGGCUUGCGGGUGAGAAGUGGGCCGUUCAUAGGGGGAUCAUUAGCCAGGCCUUUAACAUGGAUAGAGUUAAGGAUUGGGUGCCGGAAAUGGUUGCCAGUACUAUGAAGAUGCUGCGGAAGUGGGAGGAAGAAAGAGGAGGAAGGGACCAAUUCGAGGUGGAAGUGAACAAAGAACUCCACAACCUUUCAGCGGAUAUUAUAUGUCGAACAGCUUUUGGAAGCAGUUUUGAAGAGGGAAAACGUAUUUUCAAACUGAUAGACCGCCAAUUAAGUCUUGUGUUGCCAGCUUUAAGGAGUGUCUACAUUCCUGGAUUCAGGUUUUUGCCCACAAAGAAGAACAGAAUGAGGUUGCAGUUGGAGAAUGAAACUCGAGAAUCAAUAAGGACACUAAUCAUAACCAACAGCAAAACAAGAGAAAAUUCAAAAAAUCUCCUGUCUUUGUUACUGUCCUCCCACAGGAAUCAAGAUGGUGUAGAAGAGAGAUUGGGAGUCGAGGAAGUAAUCGAUGAAUGCAAAACCUUUUACUUUACAGGAAAGGAGACAACUGCUAAUCUUUUGACUUGGGCACUUCUACUUCUUGCACUGCAUCAAGAAUGGCAGACCAAGGCAAGGGAAGAAGUGUUCUCCAUUUGCAGGGAAUGUGAGGUGCCAAAUGCAGAGAAUUUAAAUGAGCUCAAGAUUGUAAGCAUGAUACUAAACAAAACACUUCGACUCUACCCACCGCCCGUGAUGAUAAUGAGGCAAACAUUGAAAAGCGUUAAGCUAGGGACCCUCGACGUUCGAGCCAAUACCCAACUUGACCUGGCCAUGACGGCUGUGCACCAUGACACUGAGCUAUGGGGAGCAGAUGCUAAUAAGUUCAACCCAAUGAGAUUCACUGAGUCUCGGAAGCAUUUCGCAGCGUUUUUUCCGUUUGGUUUGGGUGCUAGGAUUUGGGUGGGCAAGAAUCUUGCUGUGGUGGAAGCGAAAAUUGUUUUAGCUAUGAUUAUUAGACGGUAUUAUCUCUCCGUAUCGCCGUCGUUCGUUCAUGCUCCUAUUCGGUACGUGACACUGCAACCUCAACAUGGUGCACAAAUACUCUUCAGGAGGGUUUAAUUGUAAUGUUGGUCCCCAAAGUAUUAGCGAAGUGACAAUUUGGUUCGAAGUAAAAAAAAAUGCAUUUAUCAAGUCUCCAAGAUUCAAAACAUGUAUUUAAAUGGUUCCUGGAGCUAAUUCUCUCCAACUUCCUUGUCAUAUGUAGAGGUAAUUUCAGAACUUCAUCACAAUAACAAAAGUCGAGGAAUAGAUAGAAUUUUUAAUACU